UCUGUCAAAAAAAAAAAAAAACUCCGUACUAUUGUUUGGUUGACAUUUUUUUAUCGAAAGAAAAAACGCCGUAUUUAUAAGCCAUUGUUAAACCCUAAUAUCUCGUUGCUCAGUUGCAACCAUAACCCUUCUUUCUCAUCUCUCUCUUCUCAACACAACAAACCAAAAAUGGUGAAGAAAAGCAAGAAGAGUAAGAGUAAGAGAGUUCCAUUGAAGAAGAAAUACAAAAUCAUAAGGAAAGUGAAAGAGCAUAACAAAAAGAAAACAAAAGAAGCUAAAAAGCUUCUUCUAAGUGGUAAAAAGAAGGUUGAGAAAGAUCCUGGUAUUCCAAAUGAUUGGCCUUUUAAGGAACAAGAAUUGAAAUUACUUGAAGCUCGUAGAGAAAAGGCUAUUCAGGAAUUGGAACAAAAAAAAGCCGAUCGAAAAGAAAGGGCUCGUAAAAGGAAGUUGGGCUUGCCUGUGGAUGAUGAUAAUUCCCAAUCAGUUGAAACAGCUUCUCUAGAAAAUACUAAUAGUGCCCCCACUGUUCCGACGACUAGAGAUAGUUCAGACAGGGCCUUUUACAAGGAUUUGGUAAAGGUUAUUGAAGCUUCUGAUGUUAUCUUGGAGGUCCUUGAUGCCCGAGAUCCUUUGGGUACUCGUUGUGUUGACAUAGAAAAAAUGGUGAUGAAAGCAGGACCUGAUAAACGUCUUGUGUUGCUUUUGAAUAAAAUUGAUCUUGUUCCUCGAGAGUCUGUUGAGAAGUGGCUGAAAUACCUUCGAGAAGAAUUACCUACCGUUGCUUUCAAGUGCAGUACACAACAGCAAAGAUCAAACCUAGGGUGGAAAUCUUCUAAAAAAGUCAAACCAAGUAAUACUUUGCAAUUGAGUGAUUGUCUUGGAGCUGAGACACUGCUCAAACUAUUGAAGAAUUAUUCAAGAAGCUAUGAGAUCAAGAAGUCAAUCACUGUCGGUCUGGUUGGACUGCCCAAUGUUGGUAAGAGCAGUCUUAUUAACAGUUUAAAGAGAUGCCAUGUUGUCAAUGUCGGUGCUACUCCUGGGUUAACAAGGUCAAUGCAAGAGGUUCAUUUGGACAAAAAUGUUAAGUUGCUUGAUUGCCCGGGUGUUGUUAUGCUGAAGUCUCAAGAAAAUAAUGCCACCGUUGCGUUAAAAAAUUGCAAGAGAAUUGAGAAGUUAGAUGAUCCCAUUAGCCCAGUGAAAGAAAUUCUAAAGCUCUGUCCCGCCAGGGUGCUGGUAUCUCUUUACAAGAUUCCAAGUUUUGAUUCAGUUGAUGACUUCCUACAGAUUGUGGCUACUGUUAGGGGCAAGCUCAAGAAGGGUGGAAUAGUUGACAUUGAUGCUGCUGCAAGAAUCGUUCUUCAUGACUGGAAUGAAGGUAAAAUUCCAUAUUAUACUAUGCCCCCAGUUAGGGAUCAGACAGAACCUUCAGAGGCCAAGAUAGUUUCAGAGUUUUCUAAAGAGUUUAACAUUGAUGAGGUCUACAAUAGUGAAACUUCAUUUAUUGGGAACCUUAAAUCUACUGUUGACUUAGAUCCUGUUGAAGUUCCUUCAAGUUGCCCGCUCAACUUUGAUGAGACAAUGUUAGAGGAUGAUCAACCUGUUAAGUUGUUAGAACGAGAUGAAGAACCUGGGAACAUGGAGGACAACGAUGAGGAUGAAUCUAUGGAAUGUGAUAAAGAUGAAGUUAGCAAGGAGAAGGGUAAAAGUGCAUCUAGUAAACAAAAUGAGAAGUUAUAUACAGCGGAUGGUAUACUUAAUCCAAAGAUCAGGCGAGCAGAGAAGAAGAAAAAGAAGAAGGCUAAUAAAGCCGACACAUCUGAUCCCAUGGAUGGUGAUUAUGACUUCAAAGUUGAUUACUUUAAAAAAGAUACAAUGGAUGACGGAAGCAAGAGUGAAGAAGAAAACGAUGGUGAUGGUGAUGAUGAACAAGUUAACACCGAGGUUCCUAUGUCUGGUGUUGAGGUUGAUGAAUGAUUGGGAUGUGCACACACUUAUAAAAUAGACAUGAUGUACGUUUUGCCAUGACAGGAACUAUCAUUUUUGGAUAGAUCAAGAAUUGAGGCAUCUCGUGAAGAUGAUUUUUUCCAGAUAUUUUUCUGCCUCUAUUAGUUCAUUACAACACUCUUCAACAAUUUGGUAUGGGCACUCUUGUGAAUGUCUAAGCCUCUAAGGUGUUGGUAGUUAAGGGGAAUGCCAGUUUAAGGAACUAUUCUCAACUUUCAUUUUUUUUUUGUCAGGACUUGUAAUUUUAUUUAUUUAAUAUCAUGCGUUCCUUAGGACUUUAUAGUUUUAUAAUUGUUGUAGAAUUCAGUUUUGAUCUCUGGAAAAGAUUGUGUGAAUUCUUAAAUUUUAUACAAGAAAAAUGUUUGCAACAUA